AGCUCAACAUGCAAAUGGCAACAACUGGGGGAGGAAUCUGGAAAUUAAUGUGGCGGCCCCAGGUCCAUCCCAGCCUCUUUUUAAGCCUGGCUUUUGCAUAGUUAAAUCCGCCUCGGUGUUUGAUAAGCUUGAUUUAGGGUUAGGGUUGAGAAGGGAAGAGGGAUAUAUAUCAGAUAUGGCUUUUCCUAAAGAUAGAGAGAUGAGUUUGAUUUCAUGGUCUGAUCUUCCUGACGAUCUGUUGUUUUGCAUUGGAAAACGCCUGGAAGAUUACUAUGAUAUUGUUCGUUUCCGUGCUGUAUGCCACUCAUGGCGAUGUUCAAUUGCUGCUCCUCGCAAAUUUCCAGCUUUGCCUUUGCAUUUUCACCUUCUCACUCACGAUCCUAACCGCCCUAUUGCUGCCUAUAAUGUCUUCCGAAGAACAGUCUUCCGCCUUGAGCUACCUGCGGAAACUCAAAGUUCUCAGCCUCCUUUCAACAAUGUCUGGUUGAUCAAGGUGGAAGAAGAGCGAGAUGAAGGCAACGUGCGCCUGAUAAAUCCAUUCUCAAGUUUUCCAAUGGAGAUGUCCCUCGACUCUUUUCCAAAUGAACUGAACUUGCUCAACUUCCGCCUCAAACAGAUAAGUACUUGUUUCAGUAUUGAACGAUUUGAUCCAUUUGAGAGUUCUGACGUGGACGGCGAAGAUGAUGAAGACGAGGACCGCGAAGAUGAUGAAGACGAGGGUGAUACAGAGGAACCUACGCCCUUAAAGGUGGUAUUCUCAACGAGAUCUCGUCCAAAUGAUGUGAACAGCCGUGGGGCUUUCGCUAUCAUUGGAGGAGAGAUGUACUCAUUGAGGAUUUCUGAUGAGCUGUGGAAUUUGGACUCUUCUGAUACGAAUUACAAACGGAACGUCUUCACAGUAAUCUCAAGAGGACUGGGCUCAAGGAACAAUGGGUCUUCACUCAAUCCAACUCAUCUUGUCCUUCCUCCAAGAUCCUUCAGCGGCGAGAGGUUCUUUGUGGAGUCUUGUGGGGAUCUUUUCUUGGUCUCCAGAGACUUCACUGUCUGCUCAGAUCUUGUUUCCUAUGACGACGUUAGGCAAUGUUUUAUCAAACAGAAAGGUGUAACAGAAAUACCAAUUAAAUUCGAGGUCCUUAAGAUGAAUAUGGUUAGCUCAAUUCCAAUGGUGCUUCGUUGGGAAGCUGUCAGUGAUUUGGGUGAUAGAAUAUUUUGUCUGAGUAGAGAUUGCUCAUACUCCAUUGCUGCUGAAGAUCUCCCUGGAUGCAAAGGGAAUUGCAUUUACUUUGUGGAUGAAGUGCUGGAUCAUGAGGAAGAAGAGGAACAAGAGGAAGAAGAGGAAGAAGAGGAAGAAGAGGACGACGGUGGUGAUGACGAUGAAGUGGUCGAGGAUGACGAGAUAUUUUUUUACAACUUAGAAGAUGGUAGUGCAGGACCUCUUUCGGCUUUCCCAGGCCUCCCCAAUAUAUUCUGGCCACCGGCGAUGUUUGGGUCUAAUCCGUCUUCGUCUGGAGAAUGA